GUGGUGGAAAUCUCCGUAAACCUUGAUGCAAGCUUUUAAACCGUUUACUAUUAAAUCAGUACUUCGUGUGUUGUGGAUCUGUACUGUAGUGCCGGCGGGAGAUUCCAGCUUGAAAAACAAGUGCAAACUGCACGUGUUCGUCCAGUCAUAGUAAUAAAGUUCUGAAUGCUAAUCGCCAAUUUUUGCUCGCUGCAUUUAACUACUUACAUUUAACAAAAUGGCUACUUUUGGUGCCCUUGACUAUGGAAUUGUUGCGAUUGUGCUGAUUGCAUCGGCCGCCAUCGGUAUCUACUAUCGUGUGACGGGCGGAAAGCAGAAAACCACUAAGGAAUACCUUCUCGCCGGUCGCCAAAUGUCAAUUCUACCCGUCGCCUUCAGCCUGAUGACUAGUUUCAUGUCCGCCGUCACUCUGUUGGGUGUGUCGAUGGAAAACUAUCAAUACGGCACUAUGUUUGUGUUCAUCAAUAUCUCGUACAUCUUGUCCACACCUGCCGCUGCCUACCUCAUUCUUCCAGUGUUUUAUCGCCUGAAGACUGCAUCUGUCUACGAAUAUUUGGAAUUGCGUUUUGGCUACGCCACACGACUGUGUGCCUCGCUCGCCUUCACCGUUCAAAUGACGCUCUAUAUGGGCAUUGUGUUGUAUGCACCAGCUCUAGCACUUGAAGCCGUAACAGGUCUGAAUCAGAAUUUCUCCGUAAUUGUCGUAGGUGUCGUAUGCACAUUCUAUGCCACCUUGGGCGGCAUGAAGGCGGUGCUUAUCACAGAUAUCUUCCAGUCGCUGUUGAUGUUUGUGUCCGUGUUUAGUGUCAUAAUUUGUGCCACCAUCAAAGCGGGAAGUUGGGGUGAGAUCUGGCGCGUUGCAAACGAAGGUGGUCGCAUUAAUUUCUCGGAUUUCCGUGUCGAUCCAACAGUACGUCAUACAAUUUGGACACAAAUGAUUGGUGGCAUUGGCACAUAUCUAUCCUUGUACGGUGUUAAUCAGACACAGGUCCAGCGAUUGUUGUCGGUGCGAAAUCUAAAAUCAUCGCAAGCCUCUUUAUGGUGGAAUUUACCGAUUUUGAUACUUUUAAGUUUCAGCACCUGUUUUUCUGGACUGUGCAUAUACUACUACUAUAAAGACUGUGAUCCAUUAUUGCAGGGUCGUAUCUCCUCACGUGAUCAACUGAUGCCACUUUUUGUUGUAGAUACAAUGGGACACAUACCCGGGUUGUCGGGUUUAUUUGUUGCGGGUAUAUUUUCGGCAAGUUUGUCGACAAUUUCAUCGGCUAUUUCCUCAUUGGCUGCCGUGACAGUCGAAGAUUAUUUAAAACCAUUGAUACUUUGGAAAACCAAACAACCGCUCAGUGAUUCAAGAAGCACAUGGUUUUCGAAAUUCUUUAAUCUGGUUUAUGGCGCUGCAUGUAUUGGUCUGGCCUUUGUAGCAGGUUCGCUUACUGGCGUUCUACAGGCUGCACUUUCCAUUUUUGGAAUUGUGGGCGGCCCGCUACUGGGUCUAUUCACGCUCGGCAUGUACUUCACUUCCGUUAAUCAAAAGGGGGCCAUAACGGGUCUGCUCAGCAGCUUAGCAUUUUGCUUUUGGGUGGGUUUCGGCCAACCCAGACCUGUGCCGUUAACCUUGGAAUUCUCCACCGAAGGCUGUCCGGCGAUGCCACCAACAUCACAUGUCAGCGAAAUCUUCACAAAUCGACUAACAACGGCGGAAACAGAGGAACCGCAUUAUUUCUAUCUCUAUCGAAUCUCAUAUAUGUGGUAUUCAAUUAUUGGUUUUCUCGUCACGUUGUUCAUGGGCUUGGUAUGUUCCUGGCUGUACGCCAAGCUGGGCUGGGAUUCGAACGCACACAUCUACACUGACAGCUCGUGCACGACAAUCAAAUACGAUCUCUUCGUCCCGCCAUUAGCAAGGCGGUUGCGCAACCGACAAGUGCCUCUUGUAGUGGUGACAGGCACCAGCUCUGAAAUCGGUGGUGGGUCGGCGACGCCCAGCAACUUGGACGAUGAGACGCCAGCGACAAGAGUUGACACAGAUGCAACAGACCUUAGCAUGCACAGCCUGGAGGGCAGUGAUAAGAAUGAGAAACGAGUUGGACAAAAUGGCAACAAACAACACGUAGCCACCAUAUCUUAAAAUAAACCCAACAGAAUGUAUCCGUGUGUGAUUUAUUUGUUUUCAUUAGUAUUGAUAAGGGCGAAGCAAUUGUUAACGUAUGCAAUUUGUUUCAAUAAAUCGAUCAGAUAGUUGUA